AUGAUUGGGUUUCUUCCUUGUACAGUCACAGCACAGAAGAAGUAUGGCGUCUGUAGAAGAGUGAUAGGUGCUAGACUGUUUUUAAACCUUAGAUUAGGAAGUCUCUGUUCAGAUUAUUUUGUUAGGAAGUAUCGAUCUGUAUUCAGUCCGACCGAGCAGCUACGAUGAGGCUUUAUCAUUCUUUACUCAAUGCUGCUAAGUUUAGGAAAGUGUUUGACUUUGGUGAGCGAGAGGUGGCGCAUUGGUUCCCCGGACAUAUGGCCAAAGGACUCAAGCAGAUGAAAGCCAAUCUAAGGAAGGUCGAUUGCAUUUUAGAGAUCCAUGAUGCUAGAAUACCCUUUUCUGGAAGAAAUCCCUCAUUUCAAGAGAGUCUUGAUGUCCGGCCACACAUACUCAUACUGAACAAGAUGGAUCUGGCAGACACAUCAAAAAAGCAGAGUAUUCUGAAGCAGCUUGACAGAGAAGGUGUGAGGAAUGUUUUAUUUACAGACUGUUUAAGACAACGAGAUGAGAAUGUUAAAGGGAUUGUUCCUCUUGUGACGGAGUUGAUAGAAAGUGGCUCACGUUUUCAUAGAGAAGAGGACAGAAGUUACUGCCUGAUGGUCAUUGGUGUGCCAAAUGUGGGGAAAUCAUCACUGAUUAAUGCUGUAAGAAGAACAUAUUUAAAAAAAGGCAAAGCUUCUAAAGUAGGAGGUGAACCAGGAAUUACAAAAGCUGUCCUUACAAAAAUUCAGGUUUGUGAGAGACCCAUAAUUCACUUACUGGACACCCCAGGGGUCCUGCCACCUAGAAUAGAGAACAUAGAGACGGGAAUGAAACUUGCUUUAUGUGGUACCAUUUUGGACCAUUUAGUCGGUGAGGAUGUCAUUGCAGAUUAUCUGCUUUUUUCACUGAACAGACUGGAAAGAUUUAGUUAUGUUGAAAAGUACAAUCUUGAAGAGCCUAGCGAUGAUAUUCAGCAUGUGUUGAAGUGUAUAGCGGUGAAACUCGGCAAGACCAAGCGUGUGAAGGCCAUCACUGGAGUUGGUAACAUCACUGUCCAGUUACCAGACUACAGUGCAGCAGCCUACGAUUUCAUCAGAGCCUUUCGCAAAGGAGAACUUGGGAAAGUUAUGCUUGAUUAAUAGUGUUUAAAAAGCUGAUUUGCAUUUAUUGCAAAAAAAAAAAAAAAGCUUGACAUUACUGUAUGUAUGCAUGUCCAAGACUGGACACCGAGCACAUGAAAGAGGCAGUCAUUCAUUUUAAUGUUUUAAUUAAAAGGUGGUGACCAGCGUGCUUGAUGCAUGUCUUAUUUUUAUUGUGUACUUAUCAGAGAAGGUGCAUUGAAUUGUAUUUUAUUUUCUCUCUACUGCAAUCAUAGAUACAAUAAAAUAUUGAUUUUUUUUAUUUUAUUUAACAA